GGACCAAGCAGGCCGACCUCGGCCCUCUGCCGGAAGGCUGGGAGCAGGCUACCACGCCCGAGGGCGAGAUCUACUUCAUCAAUCACCAGACCAGGACCACCUCAUGCAAUCCAUCUUCAGAGGUCUCCAGGUAGUAUGCUGCAGCACCAAAAUGCAAGUUGGAUGCAACCUCUCAAUUCACAGGCUGUACAGGCUCAGCAAAAACUCAGGCUCCAAUCCCUGCAGAUGGAGAGAGAGCGGUUAAAACUGCGCCAACAAGAAAUUAUGCGACAGCAGGAAAUGAUGCGUCAAAGUACAAUAGACAUGCCGCCUGGUGCCACGGCAGGCAUGGAUCCCUUCCUCUCAGGCGUGACUGAUCACUCUCGUCAAGAAUCUACUGAUAGUGGCCUGAGUAUGGGAGGAACCAGUUAUUCUCUCUCUCAUACUCCUGAAGAAUUUCUUGCCACAAUGGAUGAUAACAUGGAUGGAGUCAGUGCUUGGUGAUGAUUUCUCAAAUGACAUCCUGGACAACAUGCAGGCCUUGAUAGAUCCUAGCAGCAGCAAAGCUGACAAUGUUCUUACAUGGCUGUAGAUAAGUUCAAUUUGCUGGGGAUACUGUAGAAGUAAUGUACUAGCUACAGUGAACUCCCUCGCAAUGACUGGAAGCUCAUCUAUGCAAGUGAGGUUAACUCAUCGUAAGGAACUAUCAUGUGGCUCAAGCAUAAAUUAUGUUAGGAGUAGCAAUAAGUUAAGAGAACAUUAUGAUCUGCUAGAAAGUAGUUCAGAAGUAAUUUGGUGAGCUUGUGUACAAAAUCAUCCACGGCACUUAAGCUGGUAAGAACAGAAUUUUGAACUCAUAAUGGCCUUAUGAGUCUCAUGGUUUUGACUUUGUAUGAUGAAUCAAUUUGUUAGAUAUUGGAGAAAAUAAACAAAGAUUGUUCUUUAUUAGUGCUGUUAUUUUUAACUUAAUUGUUCUUGCAACUAUUAUGAUAAAUAUAGAUUUAUAAGCAAUAAUUGUACUUUUCUUCAGAAAUAACUGUUUAUAUUGUAGAAAUAUUUUCUAUAAGUUUCUUGCUGGCUUAGUGUGUUUUGUGAUUGGACUGGCUUCACCAUAAGUAAGUUUGCUUCUUAUCUGAGUAACAAAUGACCACAAUGUGAUUUAGAUCAAUUAUGGUGAAAAUUGAAGCCUAGUCUUUUCAGAAUUCACUUUGUCACAUACCACUUACUCUCUCACUUGCUCACCCAUUCACCUACUCACAAUCACUCAUACAUAAAAACAUUACACUUAUAUCCACCAUGUUGUUCUGAAUCAAGACCGUCCACAUUCUUAAGCAAUAUUCUAGUAUGUAAUUAAGCAAUAAUACCAGGUUUGGAGUAUUGAUGUUAAGUGAAGAAGAUUAUAUUGGUGAGAAAUUAUAUUAAGAUUUGGCCAUUCUUGAAAGUACUGGCCUUUUAGUUUUUGAAAGUUAAGUCUACUCAGAGUUUAUAAGAUAAGCAAAAUGUUUUACGUUUUGCAUAUCAUUUUUAGAGCAGCUAAGUUUUUAAAAAAGAACUAUUAUGUACACAAUAUAUACAUUUCAAUACUUUCAAAGAGUAUGUUAAUAUUAUAAAUAUUGAUUAAAUUGUAUGUUAAUAUUAUUCAUAAAUAAUGAACUUAAAAUUUUGUCAUAUUUAGAGAUGUCCCAAUAUUGAGACUGAUUUACAUGGCAAAUUAAUGCUGUAUCAUCCCAUAAUGCAUUUCAAAAUGUAAGUUAUUUUUGUAGAGUAAUUUUAAGCUGUGCGUCUUGUUUGCACCAUUUUGGAAUAUUAUAUUCAAUACGAAUAAUGGCUUAAAUGGAAAAAUAGACAAUUCCAUUUGUGUCUUGGUUGUCGUUACCCACCUUUUUAUAAAAGUGAUAUUAUCUGAAAAGCAGUUCCCGUUGCUAUUUGCAAAAUUUAAUUUGCUGUUUAUGCAAAAUGGUGCAUAUAAAAGGUUUUUCUCAGAUACUGUUAUCACGCAUUUGUGUCCUUGUCUCUGGCAAACACCAUAUCAAGUUUGGGACAUCUAUAGGUUUUGUAGUUAAGUAAUUUUAUAGCAGUGUAUGAAAAGCGUGGAAGUUACGAACAUGAGCAAAUGUUGAUCCUAUAUGUGCUAAAUGUCAUAUCAAUUGAUUUCUUGUUUUGGAGUAUCUAUUAACAUUUGUUGCAUUGGCUUAAAAUAUGAACUUGUAGGCCAAAUAGUACUUGAAGAAAAUUAUGAUAGUGCCUGAAUGUAUUUUACUAUGCAUUUGUGUAUCCAGAUUUACUUGUUAUGAUUUCAUAUUUUUACUUGGUGCUUCAAUGCUACAAGCCAGUUGUGUAGCAUUAUUUUUCUGUUACUGUUGGUGCAUUUUUAAUUCUUGUUAAUGGCUCAAUCUUGUAGUAGUGUGCAGGUUGUAGCAGUUAAAUUAGAUACUGUCGUAAUCUGCAUUACAUCAUUGGAAGAAAUUUCAAUAUUCUCUGGCAUAUUGACUUUUGGCAAGUUGUUUCUUACUUCUCGAUACGGAAAUGCUGUGCCAUGAAAAUGUACGUGUGGUAGGUGGAGAAUGGACAGUUGCUCAUACUAUUUUGAAGCCUACCUUGUUUUGUCCUAAUUGUGUAUGCUGCAGAACUGUAAAAUUGCAGUAAUGUCUGUGUUUCUUAGGCGUUGAAGGGUAUGUUGAAAUAACGACCCAGGAUAUUGUUGGAGACAGUGUAUGUCUGGUAAGGGUGUUAUAAGAGGUGUUGAUAAUUUACAUUGCUACAUACAAUUUUUUUGCUACUCUGUUCUGUAAGUUGGCUUUUAUCAUUCUAAAAUUGUGACCAUUCUCAUGUUCACAAUUAUGCAAUGUUAAUAUGAUCUAUUUUCUGCAAAUAUUGAUGGUGGUUGUUAAGAGCAGGUUUGUGCAGGAAAACUAGUGCAAAGAGCACUCAGUAAAGUAAAUCCUCCUUGAACUAAAUUUGUGUCAGCAGAAAGAUCUGCAUUAUAGACUGGUCAGAAUUUAUAAUACUCCCACAACUGAAGCUCUACGUUAACUAUUUCAUUGUGUUUUAUAGCUUACUAUUUAAUUUUUUGUGAUUGUUUUUGAGUGUUAGCAUGGAUAUUAUUAGUGAUAAUUGGUAUUUAAAUAAUGAGUAGCACUUUAACAUGUAAUUUAGAUUUUUCACUAAAAUUGUUUAACAAGAUGAACUUAACAUUUACUAUAUGACAUAAACAGAUGCAUCACAACUUUUAUGUUAUAAUAGAAUUGGAUUGCAAUAGAACAUGAAAAACAGUAGUACAUUUUUCUGUUCCCCUUACACUCAGCAAACCUGCACUUAGCUGUAAAUACCUAUUGCAAGUAGGUAAGCACAACAAUGUUAAUGCAUGUUCAUAACUUACAUUACAUAAUUGCAUAAAGUACUGUGUUGGAAUGGCAGCAAUUUUAGAGUGAUAGAGUAUAAGUAGAAUACCUUUUGAAAUUUAGUCUUUGUAAUCAAUUUUUGUGUACAGUUUUUAAAAUCCACAUUUGUUGAUUGGAAUGUUAUUUUUAAGAAGUAAGUUUAUUUGAAAUGUAAAUGUGGAGGUGAAUGUCAAAUUUUAUAGUUCUGUUAUAUUCAGUACAGUUUGUGCUUUCUCUGGCUUCCACAAACAUUGUUUGAGUGACAGUACUGGAUACUACAAUGAUGCAAUAUUACACUUGCCAGACCACUUGCUAAUAAUACUUGUAAGGAAAGUACAAAGAUGUGUGCCACCUUAGGAACUGAUAAUGGCUCCCUUUCAUUUGUGAAUGUCUGUGUGAAUUGAUCUAGUGUAUGUGAGAAUUCAGUUGCAAUUCAAUAUAAGUAGUGAUGAUGUGCUGAAAAAAUUACAAUUUAAAAAGAAAAUACCCCCAUUGAAUUUGCAUUCAAUAAAUAAUGUUUGCCGGUUUUUAUUUUUGUACAUCAAAUAAUACUAUUUAUAAUUAAAAUAAGAGGUGGAGAAUAUUAUUUUAUUUUCACUUAGAGCUUCUGUGUAUAGCAUAAUAAUCUAUUAGAUUAUUUUGCUGAAGCAGUAGUACUCUCCUUCAUUUACCUUCUUUUAUCAAAUGAAAGGGUGACAGAGAUAGCUGGAUUUUGUGUGUUUGCAGGAUAUUGAGUCAAGUCUUUAAUGGGAUAAAUAUUUAUAGAAUGCACUCAGUGCUCCUGUGAUAUUGUUUUCUACAAUUUUUUCGAGGAGCAAAUCUGUUGUUAGCAUUCUUUGCCAUGUUUAUUAAGCUAUGUUUUAAUCCGUGCUCUUGCAUGUUCAUGAAUAGAUUAAAUAAAUUUUAAGUACUUUGGUUUGAAAUUCUUGGUCUUUUGGUUCGUAUGUCGCAUAAAAUAGUCAUGUUUUGAAAAAUAUUUUGAAAAUGUGUGCAAAAAAUAUCUGAUUAAAGAAAUAGUGCUAAUAUUGGAUUAUUUAAUAUGAAAUGUUACCAAAAAUAUGGAAUUUGAAUUAUGCAAGAGCAAGUGGAUUCUUGCAGCACAGCAGGUUAUCACAUACUAUCACUAUUUUGUGAUCACAUCUAGAGAUUUGAAGAUUAUAGACACUGCUCAAAUUAAAAGCAAAAAGCUUUUAAAUGUAAAUAAAUCCAUCCAUUAGAAGGUGCCUUUUGUACAAAACUAUUGCAAUUAAUUGUAUUUUUCUCAUCAGAUUAAUAGUUCUCACCUCUUAUUCAAAUAUAAGAGCAGUAUAUUACUACACUAGUUGUAUGUAAUAAUUGUGCCUUCUCACACUGUUCCUAGAAAAAUAUCAGAGGGUAUGAAGCAUAUCAUUGCUGAUGUAUUGGAGAACUUGCUCCUGAAAUUAUGAGUGUGGUUAGAAUAGGUAGCAGUUGAUGCAAAUAUAUGCAAAGGAUCCAUGUUAGGAAUUUUUAUUAUGAAAUUUGGAUUAUGAAAUAUGGUUUGAAAAUAAACAUUUGUCUACCUCCAAUUGACAUUUAGGCCUCUUUUGCAUUAAGAAAUAUUUAAAACAAAUGAACGAGUGCCUUAGACUUGAAGUGGAAGGUGCAAUUGUAACAUGUCUUGAACUUGAAUACCAUGCCCUUGUCCCAAACUUUCUGAUUCUAUGACACUUUGAGAAAUCAACUUUCUAUAUGUGAAGAUGAAGUAUUUUGUUGUUCAUUGUCGCCCGUUCACAAACGGCAGCUAAACUUGUAAUAUAUUGAUUGAAUGUUUUUUAUUUCCUUUUAAUUUUAAAUCUAAGUGCCGUACUAAUGCUGUAUCAAUUAUAUAGAAUAUGAUUAACAUGUUUAAAGUACUUUGUAAUACUUUAGUUUUUUUUAUGAGCAAUCUGAAAUAGAAUUUUAAUUGUUAAGACUAUGUACAUGAUAUAUUUGGGUUUUGGGGUUUCGUUAUCAUCUUCAUAAGAUGUGUAAAGUUCUUCAUUAAUAUUUCUAUCAUACAGAUACAGUUUAACAGUGCAGCUAAUAUUGGGAAUCAAAGUGAACUGCUAAUGGAUUUCGAUUUUGCCAUUGAAGUGAUAGCAAAGAUUGUAUAACUGUGUAUUCAAGUGCAAGUGUAGGAAGGCAUUUUUCAAAUACGAAUAUGUAUAUAUUUCAUUUUUACACUGCAUUGCACUUAUAGUAUGUGUGAUCAUUUCAAGAUUGUUUAAUUGCAGGUCUUUUCAUCUUCGGAAACUUUUAUUAGUGUAAUUCUCACCUGAAGUUCACAAUGGAAGCACAGCACAACAUCUAUUUUAUUCUGUGUGUAAAUAUAAAGAGAUGCAAGAGAGGGAUUAUGAUAUUUUCUACAAUUCUCAAUUCUCCCUUCUUUACCCAUGUUUUAAAUGAAUGGUUGCUGGUGUAGUGAAGAUGCAGCCAGUCUGUCUUUUCUUUAACUUCGAAACAAAAUUGUGUUGUUCUGUGAGCACUUGUUACUUAUGAUUUAAAGUUUAAGUAAGGGUGAAAAUAUAAUUUACUUUAAAAUAUGUCUUUGAAUGGAUAAAGCAAUGCGUUUGUGUUAAGCUGUAUAAGAAUACAAAUAAAAAAUUAAUGAGAAGGUGAGAUAUUUUUUUAUGCACUCUGCAGG